AUGGAAGAAUGGGAGAACGGUUUGGCAAGGGGUCAGGGAGAUGUUGACUUGGCAGAAAAGAAGGGUCACCGGAUGAAACGACAGAUUGAUGUCUGGGGAAGCUGGGGUGAAUGGGGCAGAUGCAGUCGGAGCUGUGGCGGUGGAGUCAGCUUUCGGCAGCGGCACUGCUACUCCCAGAGGACAGAAGGCGCUUCCAGUUGCCUUGGGCCAACUCGAAGCUAUCGCUCAUGCAACAUUCAGAGCUGCCCAGAAGGCUUCCGGGACUUCCGGGCAGAGCAAUGUGCAGAGUUUGAUGGGACAGAAUUCCAAGGAAAGAAAUACAAGUGGCUUCCCUAUUAUGGAGCACCUAAUAAGUGUGAGUUAAACUGUAUUCCCAAUGGAGAGAACUUCUACUACAGGCACAAAGCAGCAGUGGUAGAUGGGACUACCUGUGAACCUGGGAAACGGGACAUCUGUGUAGAGGGAGUUUGUCGGGCCGUUGGCUGUGAUAACAUGCUAGAAUCUGCCAAGAAGGAGGACAAGUGCCUGCAGUGUGGAGGAGAUGGCAGCACCUGCUACAAUGUGAAGGGCAUUUUUGAUGUGCCCAGCCUUCCCAAAGGUUACAAUCAAAUCUUCGUCAUCCCUGUGGGAGCCACAAGCAUCCAAAUUAAGGAGGUUAAGCCCAGCAGGAACUUCCUGGCUGUCAAGAAUGUGAGAGGGGACUAUUACCUGAAUGGGCAUUGGACAAUCGACUUCAGCCGAGCACUGCAGGUAGCUAGCACAGUUAUGCACUAUGAACGUGGCUCGGAGGGUGACCUGGCCCCAGAGCUCCUCCAUGCCCGGGGUCCCACAACAGAGCCCCUUGUUAUUGAGCUCAUCAGCCAGGAGCCAAACCCAGGGGUACAGUAUGAGUACUACCUGCCUGUGCAGGGUCAGGCCUCAGGUUACAGCUGGAGCUAUGGCUCCUGGAGUGAAUGCAGUUCUGAGUGUGGAGGAGGUUUCCAGUCCCGUUUGGUGUUUUGUACCAUAGACAAUGAAAUUUAUCCAGACUAUAUGUGCAGGGGCAAACCACGACCACACAAUAACCGGACGUGUGGCCAUCAGACUUGUCCCCAGACAAAACGGACUUCUUACGUCUAUCUGCCUCAAGCCUGGCACCAUGGUGGAGCACGGAGCUCUCGGACGAAAAGGUGGAAAACCGGGGAGUGGGGACCCUGUUCAGCUACCUGUGGUGGGGGCACCCAGACUCGCUCUGUUUAUUGUGUGGCAUUUGAUGGCCAGAGCUCCCAGGCAGUGGUGGAUAACGCUGAAUGCAUGGCAUUCGCACAGCAGCCUCGCAGCAGUCAGCCCUGCAACAUGAGACAGUGUGCCACCUGGAGCACAGGGCCCUGGUCAGAGUGCUCAGCCAGCUGUGGAGAAGGCGUCCAGACCCGGACCGUCACCUGCAGAACUCCACAGGGCUCUCACGCCCAGGACUUUUCUUGCCUAAUGGAGCCAAAGCCAUUGGCCACUCAGCCCUGCCUUAAGGAGAACUGCAUCCAGGAAAUUGGCUGGCAUGUGGGAGACUGGGGCUUGUGUUCGAAGAGCUGCAGUUCAGGCAUCCGGACACGCCAAGUCAUCUGCGCUGACAGUGACUCCAAGUUCUACAGCCCUGAGACCUGCAAAGCCAUCCAGCCACAGAAACCAGCCACCCUGGGUAGCUGCAACACGCAGCCCUGCUACCUGCCACAGCAGGUCCCCAGUAUGCAGAACACUAUGGGAUAUGAUGUCACUCGCCAGUCCUUGCUUACACGUUACAACCCAAACAGCCCUGCCACAGAUUCUGGUGAUGAAAGGAUACUCCCUGGGAGCUCCGUGAUCCUUAGUACCUCUGGGAACCACCACAUCCCAUCCAACAAGGAUGAUGGCAUCAACUUGUUGCCUGUUCGGCAGGACUCCCAGUCCCACUCAUUGAGUUCCCACCAGAUCAGCUUCUCUGAGGAUCCCUCUGCAGGGACUGGCUCUCAGCACUGUCAUCGGAGCCCAUAUGGCUGCUGUCCAGAUGGACGCACUCCAGCUUCAGGCCCUCUGGGGAGAGGCUGCCCCUUCAGCACCUGCCACCAAAACAGGUACGGAUGCUGUCCUGAUGGAGUAUCAGCUGCCCAGGGCCCGAACAACAUGGGAUGCCCACAAUACGUUCAAGUGAGCAGAAAUCAGGCCACUACAGCCUCUCCAAUGGCAAGCCAAGCCUCGUCCCAGCAGCACCCCUCAGGCGAGUGCCGCAGUUCCAUGUACGGCUGCUGUUUUGACAACGUCGCUUCAGCUUCAGGUCCUGAAGGGGAAGGAUGUCUCAAUAGGCCCAGCUACCCAUACCCUGGCAUGUGCCUGCUACCCAGUGCCCAUGGCUCCUGUGCAAACUGGACCACUCGCUGGUACUUCGUGGCUGUUGUUGGCAAGUGCAACCUGUUUUGGUAUGGUGGCUGUCACGGCAAUAAAAACAGCUUUGUCUCAGAGGAGGAGUGCAUGAGAUCCUGCCACAGCUCAGUGGGGGCCAGUUCUGUGGAGCACCAGCCACCUUCUGAUGUGGGAGCCCUGCAACACCUGCAAACUAGCUCCUACUCCCGUACAUGGGAUGCACAGGGACAGCAGCAGCCACCCCAGAGAGAGCCUACGAGUCACGGACAAGAAGGAAGAACUUAUGGGGCUUCAUAUCUCACACAAGACAGCCACAGACAGGACAGCUGGAGAAGUGAGAUGCUGCCAGGAUCUUUGUCAAGGAAUGGGGCACUGGAGAGGCCUCACUGGGGCACCCAGCGAAGCCGAUCAGGCAGCCUGAGCCAGCUGCACGCACGGGAAACAGCCCUGCCUGGGCUCUCAGAGAGACAGAGCAGCAGAGGCCAGCAGAUACUGCCCAGUGAAGGCAAGCAGAGGCAAACAUCUUUGGUAACAGAUGUUUCCACGACAGAGGGACACCAGGCAUCUGCAGACUCCUUCCCAGUGCGGGCUCUGCACAGAGCCAUCCUGGAGGAAGCCAAGCCCUCUCUUGUGACAGCAGCUGCGGGACAAAACAUCCAGCUGGUUUGCAAGACAGGCUUGUCCCCCUUCUCCAGAGUGGAGUGGAUGAAGGAUGGCCGACCAGUCUCCUCUGGCAGGCACACCUACCAGUCUGACAGCUCCUUAGUGAUCAGCCACAUCAAGCUGGAGGAUGCUGGGACUUACUCGUGCCACAUUUCUGAUGCGAGGACAGAGAGCCGACAGAUUUGGUUACAGGUCAUAGAGUACCAGAGCACUGUUCUGGCAGAGGGUGAGAGAGGUCAGCUCCUUCACAAGGGAAGCCAGCAGCAUCAAGAGCUAUCCAGAGGCGGGAAGGUUGCACAGGCAGCCACUUCCUCUGUGCAUCAGCAACUCACCUACAGGUUGAGAAUGGAUAAGAGCGAGCCCUCAGUAGUGGAGGCCAGCAUCGGGGAGAGAGUCAGACUGCCCUGCACAGUGGAAGCAUCGCCAGCUCUCACCAUUGAGUGGCAGAAAGAUGGGCAGCCCCUCUCAUCUCCCAGACACCGGCAGCAGUCAGAUGGGGCCCUGGUGAUCAGCCGUGUCAGCUCAGAAGAUGUUGGCUUCUUCACCUGCAUCGCCUCAAAUGGGCGCGACCAGGACCAGCGCCAUGUCCUAGUCCGACCUCUAGGAGAGCUGAGGAUCACCGGUCUUCUGCCAAGCAUCACAGUACCUGAGGGAGGAACUGCUCAGCUUCACUGUACAGUGACUGGCAGCAAUGUGAAUAUAAGGUGGUCAAGGAAUGGAGUUCCCAUGCGGGCAGAUGGCCACCGCAUCUACCUGUCCCAUGAUGGAAGCCUGAUCAUAAGCAAUGUUCAGGAGGCUGACGAGGGAUCCUACACGUGUAAUGCCUACAGCAGCAGCAGUUCUGUCAGUGCCAGCACAGAGGUGAAGGUGCUAAGGAGCAGGCCUAGUACCACUGUGAAUCGUGUUGUGGAUGUGAGCAGAGAGUGUGUGGACCAGCCACACCUUGCCAACUGUGACCUGAUCCUGCAGGCCCAGCUCUGCAGUAAUGAAUACUACUCCAGCUUCUGCUGUGCCAGCUGCUCUCGGUACCACUCACAGGCCAUCCCUCCUCGUCACCGUGGGUGA